AUGACGACGAUUAAGAAGCAGGAAGUUGAGCGCCUAAAAGCCGUUGAUCUAAGCAUCAUCAACGGCGUCAGAAACGCGGAAUCUCCUAAACCCUUUGAAGUGAAUCCCACAAAGAGACGCAAACGACCUUCUAACAGUGAGUAUAUAGACAUAAACGAAGCCGUUACGGUUUCCUCCGGUUUAGCUCCCAUUUCCACGGCACCAAUCCAGCCUCUGCAAGCUCCGGUAUCCACCGUGGCUCAACAAACUCUGCCGCAAGGGAUGAUUCCGAUGUGGGCGAUUCCAUCGAACGCUGUGAUUCCGGCAGUAGGAGCUUUCUUCUUGGUUCCACACGUCGCUGGUCCGUCGCUGCAGCCUCAGAUAUUAGCUUAUCCAGCUGCCGCCCCUGCCGCGUCACCUUCGUCUUACGUCGCCGCCGUCCAACAUGCUUCAUCCAUGGCUCGACCUCCUCAUAUACAAGUUCUUCCGAGCAACGGCGUGAUAACCGGUUCGAAGCCAUCGAAUACGACGUCGGUCAUGGCUCCGAGCUCGAGCUCCGACGUAACAACCGGAGGUUCGUCAUCUGCAAAUACGACGACGCACAUGCUCAGAGACUUCUCGUUAGAGGUUUACGAGAAACAAGAGCUUCACCAGUUCAUGACCACCACGACACGGUCAUCGAACCACUGA